CUGACAUGUGAGCAGCGGAGAUGUCUGUAUUAUAUAAACUGUAAGGACGAUGAUUCAUUUAGCAACAACGUGACAAAACAAACAAUAAAUAAAACCCUUAAAUCUCCGGUGACUCAUCGUCCAGCCCUUCACGUAACGAUGGUCCCAGCCGCCGCGGCUCUUCCCGCCCGGUUUGACUGCUGUCUGAACCAGUUUCUGCGGUGAACUUUUUAUAGCCUCCGCCGCAGCGACAGCUAGCUUCACCGGCGGUUAGCAGCUCAAACCCCGGUCCGACUUUUCUCCUCUUCAGCAGAACGCAGACAGCUGAACUCCCGAUCCUCUCCUCAGCAUCAUGGCCUCCUCGCCUCCUCAUAACUUCUCCUGGGUGGAACCGGGAAAGCUGGCCGGGCUGGCGAUGCCGCGGAUGCCGAGCGAUUACCGCCAUCUUUUAGACAAUGGAAUCAAACACCUGGUUUGCCUCUGCGAGAGGAAACCUCCGAACCACGAGGCGUUUCCAGAGUUGCAGCUUCACCACAUUAAAAUCGUUGACUUCACUCCUCCCUCGCCGCCUCAGAUCGACCGAUUUCUGUCCAUCGUGGAGGAGGGAAACGCCAAGAAGGAGGGCGUGGCCGUCCACUGCAUGCACGGUUUCGGCAGAACCGGCACCAUGCUGGCCUGCUACCUGGUGAAGACCCGGAAGAUUUCUGGGAUCGACGCCAUCAACGAAAUCCGCAGGAUGAGAGCCGGUUCCAUCGAAACCACGGAGCAGGAGAAGGCGGUGGUCCAGUUCUAUCAGCGCAUCAAGUGACCUUCUAGUACCGAAUGGACUCCUGAGAACAGGUGACCCAGCCCGGAGCGCUCUGCAGGGAAACUUUAUUUUCAGGUAACCACAGUAGAAAAGGGACAGAAAUCCUCUCAGAGCUCGACUAUCACAUCCAUCACAACCCCACGGUUCUUCACGUUCUGGUGAACCGGUCCCUCUCUGGACCGUGACUUAUGCGCUGGACGUCACGGAGAAGAGACGCUGGCGCUCCCUGAAGGGGAGCUUCUCCGGGGCUGAGCUCCUCCGGAGAUUCUCCUCCUCGUCUCUGAAAACAAAACUUGAAUUUAUCCAAAGAAAGGUUCAUUUUUGAGGUAGUUUUACUCAGGAAUGUGGAUCUGUGGUUCUGAUGUCUCCACGGACUCACUCUGCUGAUGCUGGGUUGUUGGUUCCAUUCGGUUUCAGUUCUGUUUGAUCUGAGAAGAAAACCAGAACGUUGUUCACCCUCAUGAAACCAAAACCUGCCUUAUCAAUAAAUCUGUAAUCACCUGA